GCGAAGAUUCCACCAUCAGGCACUUCGACCCCGCCUGGACGGACGUCAGAGGGACGAAGAAGCCGACCCGCAACGCCGCCUUCGAGACCAGCCAGCCCAAGUACGUCGGCCAGCAGGCCAACGAGUUGUCCAAGUGGAUGAACGCAGACAGCAUCACGCGCCACAAAGAGGACCUCUGA